CCAGGUCAUGAUUUUCGUUUUCUCGUGUCAUUUUUUUGAAGAGAGGAAAUGAUCGUAGUGGAACUUGUUACAAGUCAGUCACUGAUACGGAGCCUUUGUAGUUCAGAAACGUUCAUAGAAGAACAAAUAUAACCCUUUUUCUGUUUUUGUUCUGGAGCCUGUGCUGUUAAAAAGGGAAAUAAAAAUGACGACUUCGUCUAUCAGGCGGCAGAUGAAGAACAUUGUGAACAACUAUUCCGAAGCCGAAAUAAAAGUUCGGGAAGCGACCUCUAAUGACCCUUGGGGUCCCUCCAGUUCGUUAAUGACUGAAAUAGCAGAUCUGACUUACAAUGUUGUGGCCUUUUCUGAAAUUAUGAGCAUGAUCUGGAAGCGGCUGAACGACCACGGCAAGAACUGGCGACACGUGUACAAGGCCCUUACUCUGUUAGAUUACCUGAUCAAAACAGGUUCUGAGAGAGUCGCUCAGCAGUGUAAAGAGAAUAUUUUUGCUAUUCAGACAUUGAAAGAUUUUCAGUACAUUGAUCGAGACGGUAAGGACCAGGGCAUCAAUGUAAGGGAGAAAUCCAAGCAGCUAGUGUCUCUGCUGAAGGAUGACGAGCGACUCAAGACAGAGAGGGCUCAAGCCCUGAAGACCAAAGAACGGAUGGCUCAGGUGGCCACUGGAGUGGGGAGCAAUCAGAUCACGUUUGGCCGCGGUUCCAGCCAGCCAAAUUUAUCCACGAGCUACUCGGAGCAAGAAUAUGGCAAGUCCGGAGGCUCCCCAGCCUCUUAUCAUGGCUCUACAUCCCCUCGGGUCUCCUCCGAGCUGGAGCAAGCACGGCCGCAGACGAGCGGGGAAGAGGAGCUGCAGCUGCAGCUUGCGCUGGCCAUGAGCAGGGAAGUUGCAGAGCAGGAGGAGCGCCUCAGACGCGGAGAUGAUCUGAGAUUACAGAUGGCUCUGGAGGAGAGUCGCAGAGACACAAUUAAAAUUCCCAAAAAGAAGGAGCAUACAACCCUGUUGGACCUAAUGGAUGCCCUCCCCUCGUCGGCACCGGCAUCGCAGAAAACAGAACCUUGGGGACCUCCUGCUGCUGCAAACCAAACUGAUCCCUGGGGAGGGUCCACGGUUGCAGCUACUGCCUCCGACCCAUGGCAAUCAUUUGGUGCCAAACCAGCUGCUUCCGUUGAUCCUUGGGCAGCACCAGCAGGAUCCACAGCUCAGCCUCUGUCCAAAAAUGUUGACCCCUGGGCUCCUGCUCAGUCGUCAUCUACUGCAGCAAAACCCUCCGUGGAUCCUUGGGGACCAGCACCUGCAAACAAACCCAUCUCUACUUCUGGAAGUACAUCUUUUGACCUCUUCAGUAAUUUGAAUGGUACAGUUAAAGAUGAUUUUUCUGAAUUUGACACACUUCGAACUUCCAAAAAGCCAGCUGACUCGGGGUCCACUCUGCCAUCCCAGCAUAGCGGUACCACCAGUCCUGAUCUCUUUGAUUCCCAACACUCCAGCAUGACAUCAGGCAAACAAAGCGCAGCCCGCAAAACCCCCGAGUCUUUCCUGGGCCCCAAUGCUGCUUUGGUGAACCUGGAUUCGCUGGUGUCUAAGCCACCACAACCUGUUACUUCACUGAAUCCAUUCUUGGCACCAGGUGCAGCUACCGCACCAGCUCCAAUCAACCCCUUCCAAGUGAAUCAGCCGCAGCCGCUCACUCUGAACCAGAUGAGAGCGAGUCCCGUGAUGGGAACCAGUCCCUCCUUCAGCGCCGUGCCACCGAUCAGCAUGGAGCCAAUACCUCUGUCUUCCAUGGCCCCCGUGCCCGUGGGGAUGGCACCGAUCCCUCCCAUGGGCACCGUGGCCUCUCUAACACGAAUGGGCCAGGGGCUGAACGUGAGCAUUGCAGGAUCAAUGACCCAACCUCUCCACAGUACGGGAAUCCCGCCGGCAGCCUCCCAGUCUACAAAUACAACUAACCCUUUUCUCCUAUAAAGACCCAAUCCAAGGACCUUUCUUUUCCUAGUGUUUCCAGGCUGAAGUCUUUACAGCUAAAUGAACGUGGCCUGUGUGGACUGAACGGUGUGUAAGAGACUUGGAAGUAGAUUUGCAGUUUACAGUUAUGAUCUUUGAAGAGUUGUCUCUACUUACCAGUUAAUCUAAAUCUAGUCUUUGCUACAGAUGGUACCUUACUUUGGCUUGUUGAGCAUUAUGUGAAAUGUUCAGACUUUUCACCAAAGUUAGAUUCUGCCCAUUUUGUUACUUUGUUAAUCAUUUCAAUACACUUUCUAGGGAGAACCUGCCAUUUUAAACUCCGUUGGCUAUUUUGUAGAUGUCAGAUGAUGUGCUGGAUCCUGAAAUUACUAUUUACCUGCAUCUGUCACUUCCUAUGCCCAUAAGAUAGACCUGAGAUUCAGAGUGCUAGUGAAUGUUUUGCACAUAACUACACACAGUUCUAGACUGUUGGUUCACCCAUAGUCCUUACUCUUAGGCGAGAACGACUUUGAGGGCCCAGGUGGCUGGUUUUUAUGCAUUAAACAUUGCAACGCAAAAUCGCACUGCUUUCCUAUCCAAGGUUGACCGAGAAAGCAAGCUUGUCUCAAAAGGA